UAUUUUACAAAUCAUUUCCAACGCCAUUCAAUCCAGCUCAUAACUAUACAUUUUCAUUCACGACUUCUGGAAAAGUGCAAAUAUGGCGUGUUCGUUGUUUGCAAAGCUUCUUCCAACUCUGCGGUGACGGACCGAAACCCCCCCAUUAAAUUCGAUAACUUUAACCAAAUUUAACGAGAGAAGAACUGAUUCACAUUCCGCACCAGGAAAUAAACUGAAAGUGAUGAGAAAGGCUGUUUGAUGUUUCUCCAAGAAUCAUAUUAUAUACUAGCAUUUCUCGGUUGAUCAGAUAAUUCCGCUUUCGAGAAAUUCGGAGAGAUAAGCGAUGGCAAUGGUUCUGACGUGCUUGUGGUCCUCAAUCGCUGCUUCCUUUACGCUAGCAGCAGUGAAAGGAGUUGCGAGAAAUGCCAUACAGUCUGAGGAAUAAGAAUUUGAUUGGAGAGCCAAGGAGGGGUUCGGCUUAUGCAAGUUUGCGGAGGAAGAUAAUGAAGUGCCUCUGUUCAAGGGAGCAGUUAGGGGCAGAUGAAAUGGUCCCUUCUUCUGAAUCACUUGCGACAAAGGAUUAUUAUUCAGCAAGUCUUCAGUCAUCUUUAGCUGGAGAAGUUGAUCAGAAGCCGGAUACUGGCAACAUUGAAGAAGCUGAGUCUUCUUUGCGCGAGAGUGGUUCUUUAAACUAUGAGGAAGCAAGGGCAUUGCUUGGAAGAUUUGAAUAUCAGAAGGGAAAUAUAGAAGCUGCUCUACAAGUGUUUGAAGGGAUAGAUAUUUCUGCAAUAACCCCUAAGAUGAAAAUCACACUUUCCCAAAGAGCAGAACCUCAUAACAAACGGUCCCAUAAUUUUGCUGCCCCACCAAUGUCCAUACAUGCUGCUAGUUUGCUUCUUGAGGCUGUUUUUCUGAAAGCAAAAUCUUUACAGUCUCUCGGGAGGUAUAAAGAAGCUGCUCAAUCAUGCACAGUCAUUCUGGACAUUGUUGAUUCUUCACUGCCAACCGGCUUGCCUGAGAAUUUCGGCGUCGACUGUAAAUUUCAGGAGACUCUGAACAAGGCUGCUGAGCUGCUUCCUGAACUAUGGAAACUUUCCAGUUCUCCCUCUGAAACGAUCAUCUCAUACCGGCGAGCCCUUUCUCACCAGUGGAAUCUUGAUGCUUCAACUAUUGCAAGGAUUCAAAAAGAGUUUGCUGUUUUCCUUCUGUACAGUGGGGGCGAAUCAAAUCCCCCUAAUCUCCGUUCCCAAAUGGACAGUUCCUUUGUACCUGGAAACAACAUUGAAGAAGCUAUUCUUCUAUUGGUCAUCCUGUUAAGAAAAGUAUCUAUUAAAAGAAUUGAGUGGGACCCUGAAAUCAUGGAUCAUCUGACAUAUGCAUUGGCCAUUUCUGGGGGACUGACAUCUUUAGCCAACCAGGUGGAGGAGUUGCCUCCACACACAAUAGACCAGAGAGAAAUGUAUUACAUACUUUCUCUCUGCUAUCAUGGAGAAGAUGGUGAAGAAGACGUGACUGCUUUGAAUUUGCUGCAGAAGUUGAUUAGAAGAAGUACAGAGAACCGCAAGUCUGUGUUACCCUUGCUCUUGGCUUCAAAAAUAUGUAGUUCGAGUGCACAGUAUGCAGAAGAGGGUGUAGAGCUUGCUCAGAAAGCAAUUACAAUCUUAAAAGAGAACAAAUGUGAUGAGUUGCUUGGAGUGGGCAAUUUUGUAUUAGGGCUUUCACUCUCAGCUCAUUCUAAGUCUUUUUCUCCAGAUUCUGAGAGGGCCCAUCGGAUAAAGAAUGAGGCACUCCAAUCACUUGAGACUGCUGGGAGGAUGACAAGAAUGGAAAAUUCGAAUAUCAUUUACAAUCUCUGUUUAGAAAAUGCUGAGCAGAGAAAGUUGGAUGCCGCACUUUAUUAUGCCAAACGCUUCCUUAAGUUGGAAGGUGGGUCUAGUGUAAAAGGAUGGAUGCUUUUGGCUCAGAUAUUAUCAUCUCAAAAACGGUUUUUGGAUGCCGAAAGUGUAAUUAAUGCAGCUCUUGAUCAGACUGGGAAGUGGGAUCAGGGGGGGCUGUUAAGAUUUAAAGCUAAACUCCAGAUUGUUCAGGAUCAGGUGGGAAAUGCUGUGGAAACAUAUACACAGCUGCUUGCUGUUCUUCAGGUUCAGUCCAAAAGCUUUGAGGCAAUGCGAAAUCCCAAGGAUGGUCAGAACCAGUGCCGAGCUUUGCAGAUGGAGACCUGGCUUGAUCUGGCUUCUAUGUACAUUAAGCUGUCUCAAUGGCAGGAUGCAGAGAUCUGUCUUUCUAAGGCAAAAAAUAUUAGUCAGUACUCAGCUUCUAGGUUGCAUACUGUUGGUUUACUUCAUGAAGCAAAGGGGCAAUAUAAAGAAGCUCUAAGAGAGUAUAACAAUGCCUUGGCUGUUGAUCCAACUCAUGUCCCAAGUCUAGUCUCUACUGCUUUGGUCCUCAGGCGGAUGGGUGACCAAUCUCCGUUACUUGUUAGAAGCUUUCUGAUGGAAGCUCUGCGGCUUGACAGAAUGAAUGCUUCGGUGUGGUAUAAUUUGGGCCUACUCUACAAAGAAAGUGGUGUUGGCUCGGCAUUAGAAGCUGCCGAAUGUUUUGAAGCUGCUUCUGUACUUGAAGAGACUGCGCCUGUAGAAUCCCUUUUGAUGAUGAAUCACCAUCAAUCUUGUUGUAUAUGAAUAUAUGAUUUAUUUCUUCUGAUGUAUAAUGGUGUUGGCUCGGCAUUAAAAACUGCAGAAUGUUUUGAAGCUGCUUCUGUACUUGAAGAGACUGCGCCUAUUGAAUUCCUUCUGAUGAUGAAUCACCAUCAAUCUUGUUGUAUAUGAAUAUAUGAUUCAUUUCUUCUGAUGUAUAAUGUAGCCAUGUAGGUUUCUUGCUUGUGAUUUUUUACUGCUUCGGCAUUAUUGUUAUCAUUAUUUUUAUUAUGAGUACGUAUAAUUAUAAUUAUUGUUGGUGUCGGUGUGGAGCAUCAAUCAAUUGAUUAAGG